CUUCCUUAACGCAUCUAUAACAAGUAUUAUGUUGAAUCUCAUGACGCAAACUGGUUCAAUACUUCCUAAAGAAAUAGCGUGAAAUCGUGUUAGUAAUAGUUUAAAAUGGAUCUUCAUCACAAAGUCUGUGAUUCAUGGAAGUAGAUUUGCCUUUUUUAAUGACGUUCUAUGUCAGCGGAAAUAUAUUCCCAUUUUUGGGCGCACUUUGAGAUUUUUGAACUAGACUUUGGGUGCAGUUUGACGAAUUUUGAAUUUUUGUUGAAGUUUUUUUGACAGUUCCGGGCGCGACGAUGCAUCGUCAGGAGUAACCCCAAAAUGUUAAGUGCCCAAAAAUUUCAAAGUGCUCCCAAAGUAUUUGCUAGCUGGGUAUUGUCAUAGGCAGUUUGUUAUCCAUAAACUGAAGUUAACUUUGUCAAUUCAAGGUUGCUGAAGCAAAAGUGGGCUUUGUUCUUGACUUAUCAGAAAUUGUGAUUUUGGGUGCGCCGUAACUCAGCUACAUGUAGCUGACUAUUCCUUCUUAUUUAAAAAAAAUAUCCAGUCCCUAAUUUUCUAACUUUGGUCUAUGGGAGAACCGGUUCUGAAAAGUUCUGCAUUUGGAUUUCCAAUCGGUGUCACAAAAAUUCCUGUAUCGCUCUCCAGUCUAACUGAAGUUGAUGUCAAUGGUUUACCUAGACUACCACUGUCAGUGACAUGCUACGCAAGAUUUCGUCAGUUAUCACAUAUCAGACAUCCUAACUUAUGUCGAUACCUUGACGCCGUUAGAGAAAAAGGAGAAAUAAUAUCAGUUAUUUCUGAGUAUUACAGUACAAGCUUUUAUGAUUUAAGUGACCCUGUCACUAAUGUUAACUGGCUAUUACAUCGUUUCUACGAAUGCCUAUCUGCACUAGCUUUUAUGAAUGACAAUGGUUUGGUUCAUAGCUGUCUCACACCUGAAAUGAUCAUGCUUGAUCCUGAUGGGCAUGUCAAAAUAGGAGGAUAUGGAAUAUUUUAUGGCACAGAAUGGUGCGAUGCAAUUGAUUUUGUUCUACACAAUCCAGUGUAUUCUGCUCCUGAAGUAUUUCUGUUUCUGUGUAACCACACCAGAUAUCCAUCGAAAUUAGAAUGUUCAUUGAACUCUGAUAAAUGCUGGGUGAAGAUAGAAGCCGAUGUGUGGUCUCUUGGUUUGAUCUUUUUUGAAAUAAUUCACAGUAGAGAAUGCGCUAAUCCUUUACUUAAAAGUCAAAAUGACAAUAAUGGGACGAAAAUUCGAGUGAUUGAACAACUACUGAAAGGUCUUUGUCAAGCCGACCAUUAUCCAACAUUACCUGAAUUUUUGCAACUUCACUUAGCUAACAAUUUGCCUUCGGAACUGGCAACUUUUGAUCAACUAGUUCGCGAUUGCUUAAGGUUUAAUGCACUGAUAAGGCCUAGUCCGAGAUGUUUAAUGAAACAGAUGGAUAAAUUAUUUAUCAGUAAUUACAACAAAGAUUUGGCUGGAAAAUCGACACCUUACUUUCAAAAAACAUGGAAUCACUCUAAAAGAUUGGAAUUUCAACCUCACUCACUGACUUCGGAUGAAGACAAGAACAGUAUUCUUAAAGUUUAUAACUUUGUUAAUAGUAUUAAAGAUUUAUCAGAACUAUAUUACUAUUGGAAGUUAACCGGUGGAAGAAUUCAAACAAAUGUUCAAUCGGAUGUAAAGAGUAUUCGUGAUUAUAAUGAUUGUCGUAAACCAGAGUCAAUAAAAGAAAGCGAAUCAGUGCCUAACGAUGUGGAUUUCACUUAUUUACUGCCACCAAUCUUAAGAAUUCCACAUUACCUUGCAAUUGUUAAAUCAAAUUCUUCACGUGUAAUCUCUUCGGAAGAACAAUGGCCGUCAAAUGAGAUACGACAACCACGUACGUUCCAAUUAAAAAUCACGCCAUUGUCUAGUCGACGUUUUAUCGAGCGUAUAUCACGUACACCUCUUCAUAACUUGUACCCCUUACUAAUUUGUCGAGAUUUUAAGACAACUCAAACAGGAAACAAUAAUGUUUGUGCUGCACUAUACUCUUUUAGUAAAAACAACUCUAACCGUUCAGUACCAAGUGAAUUGCUGUCCACAUUACGUUCAUCAGUCAAACACAAUCCAGUCUUAUUGGAAUCGAACAAAAGUCGUCCAGAUUUUCUAAACUUGUUGUUUACUAAUGAUUUAGCUUGUGAUCUUGGCGUAGAUUGGUGUAUGUCAUCAACGAAUGAUGAUUAUGAGUCUAAUGUCAAUUCUAUCUCCCAACAACCAUUAUCAGUAAGGGAAACAGAUGUUGACUAUCAGAUUGUUCGUACACGUUUAUUCACACGAAUACUGAAUGGGUUACCUGCAACCAAACAAUACCUUCGUUUAGAAGCACGUAAAGAUAUACCACCAUUUUUACGUUGGAAGGUUUGGGCUGCUUUACUGGAAGUUUAUCCCAAUCGGGAAUUUGAGUCAUCCUACUUAAAGGCACUUUACGAAAUCAGAAAGUUGGGUUUGGAGGUGUCACCUACGGAUGAGUUCAAUAAUACUGAACAGAAUAACGAUAGUAAUAAAAACAGCGACUUUAACUGUGAUCUAUUAGAUGAAAAAGUACUUAAUCAAAUAUCAGUUGAUCUACCACGCUGUCAUGCCUAUGAUCCCUUAUUAGCCUCGCCAGUUGGACAGUCGGUUCUUCGUCGCGUUCUGAUAGCCACUCUGCUGAUGAAACCUGGUGCUUUGGAUUAUACUCAGGGUAUGGAUUCUAUUGCUGCUGUUUUGUGCGUAUUUGUUAUCCCGAUGAAGUUCUGGCUGCUGCCUGCCUAAACGCUUUUCUGUCAACCAAAUUACCGGGAUUUUUCUCUUCUGGGGGUCUAACGUUUGGUCUGAAAUCGUAUUUCAAUACACUUUUGCGGCUUUUGGCAUUUCAUUUACCCCGAUUAGCUGUUCGACUAGUUGAUAUCAAUGUACCUUUAAUUGGUCUGACUACCGGUUGGAUUACACGCUAUUUGCCCAUGCUAUGCCAUUAGACCGUGUAGAAUUGCUGUGGGACACAAUCAUGCCUGGUCCAGCCUCAUUAUCCAUGUUUUUCUACAUUGCAUUUUUUGUUCAGUUAGACAGACAAAUUAACUUUAAG